CCGCUCCUUUGCACCCACGGUCAAAGUAACCCAAGUCUUGCUAUUUUAAAUUCAGUGCAACAUAGAAAUGAUAGUUGGUGCCAGUGAACCCUCUGUACUGCGGUUUCACAAGAAGGGUACAGAUAGGUGACUAGCGGUGUUGAUCUACCGCGCUACUAGCUCUACAGUUACAUGUAUCUUUUGGCUAGCUACAAUGAUGUAAAUAUAGUAUGAGACACCGAACCCGGAAUACAUAGGUCCUGUGUGCUGUUUCUUUCCUAUAGUGCCUCGCUGGAAACCAUGGACAACAUUCAAGUGACACUUGCUAUACGAGGAACUACAUCCCUUGGUGAGGUAAUAGCAGUGGUGGGAAGCUGUGGGACACUUGGCAACUGGUGUCAUCAGAAGGCAGUUCCACUACAACCAGCAGAGGAUGGCACUCUGUGGAAAAAGACCAUCACAGUUCCAAGGGGGUUAGAAAUCAAGUAUCGCUAUUUAAAGGGGUUCUUUCUGGAAUCAAAGAUAUCAACCAUCUCUGACUGUCUGGCUGAGAGAGUGAAUGCAGGUGGUCCAUGUCAAGUCAUAGUCAAUAAAUGGGAGACCCAUCAGCAGCCUCGAUCAUUGAGCCCCUCAGUGUCAGACAUUGAGAUUACUGAUGGGCAGUUUGGGUUUCAUGAUGAUGUUGAAUGUGUGGACUCUGGCUGGUUGACAUGUCAGACAGAAAUCCGACUCCGUCUCCAUUACUCUGAGAAGCCUCCUGUGAAUAUAACCAAAAAGAAAUUCAAGAAAUCUCGCUUCAGAUUGAAGUUAAUGCUGGAAGGUUUUGAAGAGGAAGAUGAUGAGGAGAGCCUUUCAUCCUGGCACAAGAUGACCACCACGUUAGAGAUUAGUAUGAUCAGCGAUAGCGGUUAUAAGUCUCGCCACUCCCAGCCAGAAUGUGGCUAUGCCCUGGAGCCGACGCAGUGGACUGAGUACAGCAUUCACACAAUGGACCCUGAUAACCUGGAGCUCAUCUUUGAGUUCUUUGAGGAGGACCUGAGUGAAAAGGUUGUUCAGGGUGAUGUUCAUCCGGGCCAUGUUGGUGCUGCAUGUCUCUUGUCUUCCACCUUUGUAGAGAGCGGAAAAGAUAAUGGUGUGGUCACUCUUCCCAUCAUGAGCAGAAACUCUAGACAGACCAUCGGUAAAGUCAGAGUGGAUUACCUGGUUAUCCGGCCCAUCCAGGGCUUUGAGUGCGACAUGCGGCAGUCCUUCACUAAGUACUGGCAGAAGAGAAGUGCUCUGGAUGUGGGUCACAGGGGAGCAGGAAGCACACACGUUGCCAAACAUCACAAGAUCAGGGAAAACACAAUUGCCUCAUUUCUAAGUGCUGCCAAUUACGGAGCUGCAUAUGUGGAGUUUGAUGUUCAUCUCUCAAAAGACUUGGUGCCAAUCGUAUAUCAUGAUCUCACAUGCUGUAUUUCCACUAAGAAGAAAAAUGACAAGCAUUCUAUGGUGUUGUUCGAAGUUCCUGUCAAGGAUCUGACCUUUGACCAGCUUCAGCUUCUUAAGCUAGCUCACACUACAGCUAUGAAAGUACAUGAUCAUAAAGACUUGAUGGAUGAGGAGGAGUAUAUAGAUGAACACCAGCCCUUUCCAUCGCUUUCUCAGAUCUUUCAGGCUGUUCCAGAUUGCGUGGGAUUUAAUAUAGAGCUAAAAUGGAUAUCCCAGAUGAAGGAUGGCUCCUGGGAUGCAAACCUGUCCACUUAUUUCAACAUGAACCAGUUCCUAGACGUCAUACUUACGUGUGUGCUCAAGAAUGCUGGGAAGAGACGGAUCGUGUUCUCUUGUUUUGAUCCUGAUGUGUGUGCAAUGGUGCGGAGGAAGCAGAACAAAUACCCCAUACUGUUCCUGACGCAGGGUGUGUCGGACGUCUAUCCAGAGCUGAUGGAUAUCCGUUGUAAGACCACACAGAUUGCCAUGAGCUUUGCUCAGAGCGAGGAUAUCCUGGGUAUCAGUGCUCACACGGAGGACCUGCUGCGUAACAUGGACAGCAUUAAGGAGGCCCAAUCCAAAGGCCUGGUUGUCUUCUGCUGGGGAGAUGACAACAAUGAGCAUGCGAACAGGAGGCGGCUCAGGGAGCAUGGCAUCGAUGGCCUUAUUUAUGACAGAAUUUGUGAAUGCUUGGUGCCAAAUAUCAGUGCUUCAGCUACCUCAGAUGCCAGUAAUGUCUGCCGGGUUCUGGAUUGCGUUUGGUUUAGAAUUGGUGAGGACCAGAUCGAACAACCCAACAUCUUCAAAGUAGAGGAGAAGGUGUCCCUCAAGGAGGUGAUCCCAGAAGAGACGCUGAAGAGUUGCGCCUGCUCCACCUACAGCAUUCCCUGCUCCUCUGUGCCCUGCUCGGGCAAGGCCCAGGUGGACAGGGGCGAGUCGGACUCUGGCCUCAGCUCAUCCUAAAACCACAACUGGCAAGCCACCUUCUCAGAACCUUUUGCCAAUCUUUCCAUAAAACAGCACAAACCAUACACACACUCCUGAUCUGUUUGUUGUUGUUGUUGUUUGAUUUUUUUAAAUAUAAUAAUAGCAGUGUUUUGGCCAAAAGAAGACGGAUAUAAUGGCAUAAGCUUUAAGGUUUGAAAAGGUAAAAAGACUUUCAUAAAUUUAAGAAACUUGAUAUACUUAGGCCUUCAUAUGAUCAUUUUCAGCUUCAUGUUGCUGAGAUGCUGUAUAUUUAAGUUUUUUUUAAUUAAGUAUAGUAACAUUGUGAUUAUUUUUGUAUUUCUUUACUGUAAUACCACAUUAAUAAUCAUGGUUGCCAUAAUCAUUUAAUCUUAAACUUUCAUUUUCACCUUCACUUCAAUAAUUUAAUUAUUAUAAAUGAAUGGUUACCUGAAGUCCCCUGUCUGAAUGCAUAUCAGUGCAAUAAAUUUAAAUGUUGAUCACAUUUGAAGUAAGAAGCAGAAUAAUACAUUUUGGGUCACACAAGAUUAAAUUAAGACUGUUGCUGCAGUGCAGUGCGGAAUACUUUGGAACACACUGGGUAGACUGAUUCUGAUGCUUCUACACUGUAAACCUUUACAUGUGAUCUGCAUGUCUGUGCUUUAAAUGUUCUGUUUAAGUGGGAGGUAGGAGAGUCUUAACUUUUCUCCCAUUCUGUAGAACAAUGGAGCCAUGCAUGUGUAACAUUUGCUGCAUACAGCAGUGCCGCAUACACUCGAUUAUAAUCUCAUCAUUCACCAUGGGUAUUUCUCAUCACCAUAAUCACAUCUGAGAACACAAGACUGAAAACGUUAAAAUAAAGUUAUUUAAAGAAUGCUACUUAUCCCGCUUUAGUUUUUCUUAAUUAUUUUUUAUUACUAAUAAGAUACGGCAUGUAGGUCUACGAGGUUUCACGCUAUUUGACAGUAAGAAUAAUUAAAACACAAUGUGAGGUACCAAUCUUUAUAAUUAAUGUUCAAUUAAAGUUCUUCAGUUUCCUAAGUUAAAAGUAUGUAUAGGUGUCUGCGACAAAGGCAAAAAACACCAAGCUGGCAACAUGUCUGUUCUAUAGUUUCGUCACUUUUUUGGUGGGUGUAAUUGAAGGAGGUAAAAAAAGAAACCAAAGUGCUUCCUUCCUCCUUUAGCUUACAUGGCUUCCAGAAAAAUUAACAAACAUCUUUCAUGUAUUUUCUGUUUAGAGUAUUAUUAUUCUUUUUUGGCUUAUUCAUUCUUCAUCCUUUUUAAAUCAUGACUAAAAUACAUGAUUUAAUGUUGGUGUUGUAGUUAAAUAUUAUCUAUAAAGCUUUUGUGAUUAUUUAUUCUUUUCAUUUAUUCAUUUCAUCUUUCAAGCUUUUCCAGUUCAGGCCCACGACUGUGAUGUGCUUUACGUGGGAAAUCAUGUGCUGCUAUCUGCUGUACAAUAAAGUAAUUACAUCCA